CAGAUGUGUGGCGGAGGCGCGCGCUCUGUUCCCGGGCAGAGUGUCCAUGGAUCUCAUGUUUGCGAGGCCGCGUCAGACCGUGAAAGACUGGGAGGUGGAGUUGCAGCAGACACUAGAGGUAUGUGACCGGCACUUGUCACUGUAUCAGUUGACAUUAGAGAGGGGCACAGCACUGUUCAAUGCAGUCGCACAAAAACUGACGACCGUGCCAGAUGGUGACACUGCAGCAGAGAUGUACUGUGUGGCUGUGCAGAUGCUAGAAUCUCACGGUUAUUUGAGAUAUGAAGUGUCCAAUUUUGCCAAGCCUGGUGCAGAGAGUCUUCAUAACUUGUGGUGUUGGCAUGGAGGUCAAUACAUUGGCGUCGGACCUGGAGCCCACGGGAGAUUUGCUCCGCGAGCGGCGGAGAGCGCGCGCAGAGAGGCGAGGAUCCAGACUCUGGAGCCGAUCCCGUGGAUGCGGGAGGUGGAGCGGUGCGGCCACGCCACCCGCAAGAUCACGCCGCUGUCCGACCUCGACGUACUCGAAGAAAUGCUGGUGACAGGACUGAGAACAAGAACUGGCAUCAGUAACCAAACCUGGUGUCGGCUGACGGGUGGAACAGGCUUGCUGGAGAUGUUCACAGCUGAAGAAGUUGUUGAGAGAAUUGUAGCAAGUGAUUUGUUACAUAUAGACAGCAGCUGCAUGCGUGCGACAACGAAGGGUCUGACAGUGGUCGAUUCUAUUGUUGUAGAACUCAUUAGCAUGCUUCAGUGCUACUGGCAGAAUAGAUACACAGAUGCAGAAACGCUGGAUGCCAAAAGCUGAUGAGCGCAUCUCCUUUGAUGCAAUGAUACUACACCCUUAGGUGCUUAAAUUAAAUAUACAAUUACGUUUGAAUUGCACUUGAGAAUUGUAUACUAUGUUUUUACAUCUCUUGAAUAAAGUCAAAUAGUUUUAUAUCCGUGCGAUCAAAGUCAGGUUACCAAUGUGUGUGUGUGUUUGUAUAUGAUGAUAUGUCGUAUCACUGUCUGCUGAGAACUUUCUGAUGGAUUUCGUCUAGAUAAGCAGUUACAUAUGAAAGACUUCAUAGGUUUGGGAUUUAUUACUCUUGGAUCAUGGCAAGCUAUUUAUUGUUUCUAAAGAGCACUGUCUAAUUUAAUUUUGUUAUUAUUUGUUAUAAAUAUAUUUAGUUUUAAUAAAAUUGCCUAUGUGCAUUUUAUAGAAA